UGUUGAAUGCGACAGGGAAACUAAUAGGGACGAGUAAAACCAAUCGAGUAACUGUCUCAGGCACAUUGAUAUAGCAACAUUUUUAGCUCUUGCACUGGCUGCGAGCGCGACUGCAAGGAAUAUUUGGGCUCCAGAGGUGGCCAUGAAUAGAUGGAACCAGACCGGUUUAGGAGAUCGGCGUCUGAACGUUACCGAAGACUUCGGCAUGUCGAAUGUGUGGAAUAUGUCCACGGGGCAGUUUUUGGACAACGCAGUGUUGAUGCACAUCCUGCCCUCGGUGUACGGGAUCCUGUGCAUCGUUGGGGUGGGGGCGAACAGCUUGGUCAUCCACAUCCUGCUGACCUGCAAGACCAAGGGGCUGUCGGACAUCUACGUUCUGAGCUUGGCCAUCGCCGACCUGCUGUUCCUGCUGGGGAUGCCCUUCACAAUCCAUCAGCUGGUCAGGGACAGGCACUGGAUCUUCGGACAGUUCAUGUGCAAGGCGGUGACCGUGAUGGAUGUCAGUAACCAGUUUACCACGGUGGGCAUUAUCACCGUCCUCUGUAUAGACAGGUAUAUUGCCAUAGUCCAUCCCACAACAGAGAGGAGGACCAUGCGAUGGACAGUGCUGGUGAAUGGUCUCGUAUGGCUUGUCAGCUUGUCACUGACAGUCCCAGUCAUGUUAUAUUCCAGGACUCUUCAGAUGGGGGACUUUGAAAUAUGUGCAGUGGACUUGCCUUCUGGAGCAAAGGACAUGUACUGGUAUACACUUUAUCAGUCCAUAUUGGGGUUUAUCAUUCCUCUGAUUAUUAUAAGCACCUAUUACUCACUGACUCUCUAUCACGUCUUUAAAUCACUGAGACGAAUGGGUAGGAAGCAAUCGGUGCAGGCAAAGCGGGCGACCAAAACUGUGCUCAUGGUGAUAGCUGUCUUUUUGGUGUGUUGGUCACCUUUUCAUGUGAUGCAGGUACUCAAUUUAACAGCCAUGCAUCCCACCAUGCUUUUUCAUUACAUCUACCACAUCAGCAUCUGUCUGAGCUAUGCCCACAGCUGCAUCAACCCCCUCCUGCUCCUGUUCUGCACAAAGAAUUAUCAGGAGCGCCUGUGUGGUAUUUUGACAAAGAGCAGCACUGCCUCUCAUUUCCAAUUAGCCGUAACUCGAAGAGGUGGGGCGUGUGAAACUGCGGAAAUAGAGUGCAAGACCUCAGAGAAAGAGGCACAUAUUUAAUGCAACUCAGUUUUCUUAAGGUCUGAACAUUCUGUACCCUUAUCAGUUCAGGUCGAUGGAUGCUGCCUGUCCUGCUGAGUUACUCCAGCUUUUUGUGUCCAUCCUCGGUUUAAACCAGCAUCUGCAGUUCCUUCUUACACAGGACGGUUGCUCAUUAUUUCUGACUAUUUCUAGAAACGUUGUUCCUGCCUGACCUCCACAGUGUUUCCAGCAUUUUCAUUUCUUAUACCAGGUAUCAUGUGCCACAGUAAUUUUCUUAGAUGUUAUCACCUUUAUUAUGGAGGUACAAGGGACUGUAGAUGCUGGAAUCUGGAACAAAAAACAAACUGCUGGAGGAACUCUAUAUGGUCAGGCAAUAUAUGCGAAGGGAAAGGAAUUGUUAACAUUUCAGGUCAGGUGUCUGGUUGGCUCCAUCUGCCUAUCAUCCCUCACCCAUCCUCAUUCCACCAUAUG